AUGAAUAAAUUCAGGGCAGCGACACUAACCGGGGAUUCUUCUCGAUGCCGCGGUGUUGCAUUUGGCUCUUACACGAUGGCCAAUUUACCAUGUGAUGUUUGGUGUGAUGUAACAGUUGUGGCAUUUGAAAGUUUGGAAGAUGUGCAAGUUCGAGGACCAGAACAAUCGAUUCGUCUAAUGUAUCUCGAACGAUUCCUCGAUUCGGUGUAUGGUAAUGAGGAAUUACGUGGUAGAUUAGCUUUUGAAACAGGUGUGCAUAUCAGCGAGGGUUUAGCAUGUGUCGCGUGGGAUGCCAUCAAUCAGCGUUGGAUUCGUGCUCGCGUAACGUGUACCAGUGGAGAUCGUUCAGUGGUGGAUGUCAUUUCUGUCGAUUAUCCAUCUAUUACGUUGCGUAGCUUAAAAUUCCGUGAUGGUGAAAUUUACAUGCUUCGAACAGAUUUGUUAUUUCCUCCACUGUGUUGUUCCAUUCGAGCAAUCGAUGCCACUGAUAAGUUGGAAACGUUUACCAAAUCGACAGUGGCAAAAGAAGUCCUCCAAGUUGGGACUCAUGUACGUGUCUAUUCUCCAGCGUCAUCAACCCUCUCGUUUAUUGAACUUGUAAAUGGACUAAAACUUGAAGAAUACAUUGAACAUGCUGUAGAGGUAGAUUCCGUUCGCUGUUCAAGACUUGGGCAAAACUAUCUCGAUGGUUUAGAAAAUAUCGACACAAGGCUAGAUCGGCUGUACUUUACUUCGGGCAGAGGUUCACAUGCUGAUGUGACGUCUUUUUCAUCCAGCAUGAGUUUUCCGCGCACAGUACUUGUUCCACAAGAACGCCAUUUUGAACCCUUCAGUUAUUCACUGUCAUUGGGUCAGGGCUCACAACGACAAACGUUACCUUUGCGUUGUGGUAUUAGUUCAUUGCAACCAUCGAAACAGAAUGUAUUCAACAGCUUAGCUAAAAAUUGUUUAACGUCAGUUCCACCUUCACCUAUAAUGCCAGUGUCGUCAUUAUCAUCAUCAUCAUCAUCAUCAUCAUCAUCAUUGUCAUCACAAUCACAUUUCAAAACACCCAAAUUAUUACCACGUUCGACAGUCGAACUUCCUCAAAUACCGCUCAGAGAAAAUCCUUCUCGAAUAUCAUUACCAUUGCAUAAAAAGCAACGAAAACCAUUAGUUUCUUUGACUUCUUCUACGAAUUUCGAGAAUGAUUAUUUAAAUAAAUCACUCACUUCUUACGAAUCAAAUAGUGAAAGUGAGACUUUCAGCAAGUCAGUCAGACAAAAGCAGCAAUCAAAAGGACCAUCAGCCGUUGUGGUUCGGCCGUCGCCUCCAUUACAUAAUUCGGACUCGUACUCUGAAAAUUCUGAUCCAUUACGUGAGAAAUCAGUACAGGUGGAAGUUCUGAACAUAAACUGUGCAACGGAAAUCUUUCUAAAUACUGCAGAAACCAAAUUGCAAUACGAGGCGCUCAGAAAUAAUCUUUCAUAUAUAGAUAAUACUGAUCUGCUACCGGUGGCAGGAUCAUGGUGUUCUCAAAAUGAGCAUUAUCUGUUUUGGUUUAAUGAUUGCUGGAAUCGCGUGAAAAUUUUGGCUCGUGAAGAUGAUGACUGGAAAGUGUUGUGCAUAGAUACUGGCGAAGAGAAAUAUGUUAAGUAUAAUUCACGGUUUUAUCGUCUACCUAAGCAGCUUUCAAUCGAGGAAUGGCCUCCGACGUGUUUGGGACCACUUCGUUUAUGCGGUUCAAUGGAUGCACGAUGGUUGAGUAUUGGGGCGCGUAUUUUUCUCCGCAGUAUAUGCGAGAAGACACUACACUUAACGGCUGUAUUCGGCAAAGGUGAAAGCGAUCGAAGCAUAAUGUUGUACGAUGAAAAGGGACGUUGUCUGAAUGAUCAGUUCGUCAAAUUUAUCGAAAAACAAACCUUAAUCAAAUAGAAAUUUGAGGAUAAUUGGAUUCUAUGAAAUCAGAGCGGUUGCUGUUUCAAUUCUUCAACUCCUUUACUUUUAUACUCCAACCAAAAAGGAUAAUUUUUCGACUACAGCUUAUAACAAUCGAACUAAAGAAAUUGUUUUAUUUUUGUGAUAUUACUUCUUCAACAUGUGUGUAAAAAUGUUUUGUACUUAUAUGCAUAAAUAUUUGUAUGUAACAUAUUUACCGAAAUAGAUGCAGCUGUGUAUGUGUAUGUUUAAAAUUUGGGAUUAGAAAUUGAAUUACUUGCUUUUGUAGUAGUUUCAUAUCCUUGAUGGCUCUCUAUUAUUUCGUCGUUUUAAAUGAUGAACAUAACUAGUUACAAUGCUCCACUCUUCUUCAUAUAUUAUUAUAUUUAAAAAAUUGACACCUUAUGCUAUUCCGCAAGUUGAGCAUGAAUUUUCUGUAGUAUAAACGAAAAAAAGCUAUGAAUAUUCAGUGUACUACUUUAUCUUGAAAAAUUGUGAUAGAAGC